UGUCAUCCUGUUUACGGGCGGAUCGAAACUUUUUUAUUUAAGCCUAAAACAUCAACCCGCCAGCCGACAUCCACAGUUUCCCGUGCGCGUAAACAACAUUUAAAAAAAAUUGUUUUCAUUCCACAUGUCAAAAUCCUCUUUUUCUCCGGGCAUCAUUAUAAAGUUCCCAGGUACGCGAGCUUUCAUUGCGCUACCCGGAGAUAUACAGCGCCCCCCCCCCCUUUCAUCCCCCCCUCCCUCGUGCAAUCCGCCACCGGUAUCGCUGCUCCAAGUGUUCCAUAUAUUUGCGGAUGAUUUGGAGUCACGGUGUGCACGGCGUGCUUGUUUUUUUUUUUUGCCUCCUCGCAACUUUUUGUGUGAAUUCAGCCUCAUUAGGGAGAAGACGCAGCGGGUUCCGGACAAUGGAUGAAGCCCUUCCGGACGGCCCAUGGAACCACGUGGAUGAGGGCUGAGCUGUAGAGCGGGCAGAAGCCUGCCUGUCGUCGGCCCGGGGCCCGUCGCGCCACCGAGGUCAAGCGCCAAUCGCAGAAAACGGACCGAGACGAGGUCUUUGCUCCCACUCCUCGCUCACCCCCGCCCCCCUUUCCACCCUCCCCCUCCCACCCCCCCCCCCCCCCAAAACCCGGGCUCGUACGCUCUGGACCAUGUCUAGCGGGCUGUCGGCGGGGGGCCGGACAGAGGACCAGGAGCGGGGCGGCCGCAAGCAGGACUCCCCCGUUAUAGAGCGCAGGAACCGCAGCGGCAUCAUCAGUGAGCCCCUGAGCAAGAGCCUUAAGAAGUCACGUACCCUCUCCCAGUACACAGCGGUCUCCUCCGCCACCGGCAAUGGACACAGGGACAACAGGGAGACCAAGAGCCACCCGGCCAAGCCUCAGCCGCCCCCGCUGCCUCAGCCCACCGUCUCCGCACUGACGGCAGCCAAGUUGGACCGGACCCUCGAACAGGUUCUGGAGGGACAGAAUGGCCUGCUGCACUUUGCCCAGGCGGCAGCGUUGUUAAAGCGGGCCGGUAUGGAGCACAUGCUCCUGCCCGGGGGCAUGGGAGUGGGAGUUGGCAGCGGCGACGCGGGCUCGGGGGCGAGCGACUUGGAGGGCACGUCUGUCACGGACGCCGUAGGUGGUCCCGUUGACUUCCCAUAUGGAGUAGGGGGUGGUUUCCCCUUCAACCCGGGGCUUUUCAUCAUGACGCCGGCUGGAGUGUUUCUGGCGGACAGCGCGCUGCACAUGGCCGGCCUGGCCGAGUACCCGGCGCAGAGCGAGCUGGCCUCUGCGAUCAACUCCGGUAAAAAGAAGCGAAAACGUUGCGGCAUGUGCCCACCUUGCCGGCGGCGGAUUAACUGCGAGCAAUGCAGCAGCUGCCGGAAUCGCAAAACGGGCCACCAGAUCUGCAAGUUUCGCAAAUGUGAGGAACUGAAGAAGAAACCCUCUGCUGCUUUGGAGAAGGUGAUGCUUCCUACAGGAGCGGCGUUCCGGUGGUUCCAGUAGGACUCCUCCUCCACUCCCUUCCCAAAGCUCUGCCAUCAAGUGCAAUGCCAACUCCUGGAUUGUCUCCAGAACAGACACUGGCUAAUAAACAAACAGGCAAACAAAUAAAAUUCUAGAAAAAAAAAUAACAAAAAAAAAAACAAAGCAGAAAAAAAAGAAGAAAUCAAUCGGGUAACGGAUGCACCUACUUAUUCCUUGAACCAAAAAUGAAAUGUAAAGAAAAGCAUCUAUGGCAACUUUCAUUCCCUUUUCUAUGUUUCCAUUUUGGUACCUUUUGUCCUUUUUCCAGCAGGUUUUUUUCUGUCGCUUCAACACGGAACUGUUCAUUGACGGACUGAGUGUGGACAAUCAACUACUUUCUGUGUUUGGUGUUAAUGUUGUUCAUGUGUGGAAAGAUACAGUACUUGUGUAGAGAAUGUAAAUUUACAGCUAUAUUUCAAAACUAGUGGCUAAUGGCAAACAUUAUUGUAAUUCUUCACCAUUGUUUUACUUUAAAAAAAAACAUGUCCGUUUUUUGCGAUUCGGUUUUCAGACGGAUCGCUGGUGGUCGCCUUCGAAAGACGAAGAAACCUUUUUUCGAAAAUUGUGACGCUGUUGAUUUUGAACUCAAAGUAAACUGAAGAACUCCCGUUACCAGGCCACUGCUGUAGUCUGUAGUCUCCUCAACCAGCCCGCCUCUGCAUUUCCAAACUUUUCCUUUAGUGAUACUGGCAGCCUUACGUUACCGUGGCCCUUCUGAGCAUGUGCCAAUACUGCUCAGGGCAACAGCACUAAAGAGACAGCACUUGCUCUGAGUCUACCCUACUGAACGCACUGAGACAAGAUUCUUUAUGUUGGUUUUUGUUUAUUUGCUACAUUUUCAUGAUUUUGUUUUUUGUUGCUGGGUAGCUACAACUUUUGGAAAUAACCAAUCUUUGUAUUUGUUUAGAAAAAUUCGACUGGUUUUUGUGAAUAAAAAGGAAUGCAUGUAUUGUGUCAAAAUUUACAA